AUCAUGGGAAAUUUCAAAAUUUCCAGCUUUGCCGCAUUGUUGUUCCUUAGCUUAUUCGCUACACCCACAAGGGCACAUUUCAAGAAGUUUAAAGGCUUUGGCGGCGGUUUCGGUGGUGGUUUCGGCGGUGCUUAUAGUGGUGCUUAUGCCACCAGUAGCGUUGUAAAUAACUAUCAAGUGGCGCCUGUUCCAGUGGCUGUCCCAGUUUCAAUACCCCAACCUGUUCCUGUACCAGUAUCGAUACCCCAACCUGUUCCCGUACCUUUUACGAAAGUAGUGCCUGUCCCAGUGCCAGUAGCGCAACCCGUUUGGCCCAGCGGUGGUUGGGAGGGUGGCUACGGUGGUUAUGGUGGUGGUGGCAGCUUUGCCAGCGCAUCCGCAUCUGCAUCGGCAUCCAGCUUCGGUGGCGGCUAUGGCGGCGGCUUGGGAGGCCUUGGUGGUUUCGGUGGACCCGGUUUUGGUGGCUUCGGCAAACAUGGUUUCGGUGGCUUUGGCGCAUGGAAACGUCGUUAA